AUGGGUAAAAAUCCAUGGGCCAAUGCUCCCAACGCAGGACAGGACAAAGACGGGAUAUUAUCUAUCUACACGAAAGCAACGCUGGAUUCCAGACAGAAAACGCCGGCGUUGGACGGUUUCAAAAAGGCACACAGCAGCUCUAAAGAUAAAAGAAAAGAGACGAAGCAUCAGAAGUCAAAAACAGAAGAACUGACGAUCCGGAGGCCCAAGAGCCAAAACGUCUAUUCCCGAACGAAGCCCGGCUACUGUGGCGUGCAAGAACGAGAAUGGCCGGACUUUGAGGAAAAGUUGGACGAAGAGCCAGAGGAAGACGAAAAAGAUGGGAGGAAAAAAAGGAAUGAAAUGAAUCUUCUUCAUCCUGCAGAGGAUGAUGGCUGGCCCGUUACAAGUCGACAUGCCAAUCCAGGUGUCAUAUUCCUCCCUCCCUCCCUGGAAUCAGCUUGUAUACUCCGUAUGCUGCACGAUAUACGGAAAGCGCACGAAGCCGUAACUAGCGGCAGCGGCAGCGGCCCUUCGAGCCUCUCGCUGAGCUUUGCGGAGGGACAGCCGUCAAAUUCCCAGGGGCCCAUCAUGCCAUCACUCAGACAGACAAGGCUCGAGACUUAG